AUGUCGCACAUGCACUCAUCCUCAAGCACAACCACCACCACAUAUGUUCAAGAAACAAACAGGAGGAACGAACAAAAUGGAAACCAAAGCACAAUUGUGCGAAUUUUAAAACUCACGCCGCAGAAAAUGGUUAGGUGGGAUGAAAGCACAGUUGACAAUGAGAACGCACAGAAGAAAUCGUCCAAGGUGUGUUGCAUAUACCACAAGCCCAAGAAAUUUGGGGAGAGCUCGGAGUCAGACUCAGAUUCGUCGGAAAACGAGGGAGACUGUAGGCCAUGUUCCAAAAAAGAUGAACGAACGAAAGAAAAAAAAGAAGAAAAAGAAAUUAAGUAG